UGGGAUUCUUGGAAGAGUAGAGUAAAACCUCUGCUUUAGGAGUCUCUACAAAAAGAGGAGGACACUUAUACAAAGACCCAGCUUACCUGAUAAAGUAGAUACUUGCAGUGCCUAUAUUAUCCUAUUACUGACCACACAACGCUACUUACCUCCGCUCCCUUCUCUGAAAACACCCUACCGUCCCCGCAUCCUCCUCUGAACAACGGCAAAUCUCCCGCCAACGGCUCGCGCGCUGGUUCCUGGAACUUGUAGUUCUUCCCCUCCCGACUCGCCUCCAGAUGACGCGGUUGGACGACAGACGCCAACCCGGAAGUGUUGCUAUGGCGGCGGUGACCCCCUUCAGUGACCUGGUCUUCGCAUUGGAAACCUACCGGGGCAGAGACCGAGUGAUACGCACAAUCUGUUAUGGCUGCCAGCUGGCUGGAGGGAUUUUGGUGGCCAGGAGACAACCUAGGGAGUCAUCACUUGGGCAAAGCCUUCUGGCUGUCUCAGCACAACUGAGCCACUGCCGAACAGUUCUACGCCUUUUCGACGACCUAGCCAUGGUUUCCUAUAGCUGCCAGUAUGGACUGGGGAACAAGGAGAAGGAUGCAGCAGUGCGCUGGCUUUCCAUCUUCAACAAUGUAGCUGACCAGCUUUAUUACCCCUGUGAGCAUAUGGCCUGGGCUGCUGAUGCUGAAAUUAUUCAUGCCAACUCAAAUAGGUGGUGGACGCUCAGUACAUCUCUCUGGGGCUUUUCUCUGCUGCUGGGGAUUGCACGCUCUCUCCGAAUUUUAUUACUCCUAAGAAAGCAGCAGCAUACAGAAUCCAGCAGGGACUUCUUUCAGAAAGCAAGGGCUAAAAUGCACAAGGAGGUCUUGACCAUCAUCAGGAACCUGGCUGACCUUGCCAAUGCCAUCCAUUGGUUGCCUCCAGGAAUUCUCUGGGCUGGAAAGUUUUCUCCGUGGUUUGUGGGCCUCAUGGGAAGCAUUUCUUCCUUCAUUGGGAUCUAUCUAAACUACAAAGGGGGCAGUUGCAAAACGGUUUGAACAGCAACUUCACAGUAUCAUAUGGGGAAAGGUUCUAUCACAGAAAUUCAUAAAUUGUUAUAUAAUCUCUGUUAAAAUGGGCGGAGUAACUCCUAUUAUGGGGGAGGCUGGGUCAGUUUUAGGUUCAUUCUUCUAUAAAAAAAAUGGAGCUGCUUUUAAAUAAAUCAUAGGCACUUUCUUGAAGGAUCUAUUUGUGAGAGCUUAGAGUUUAGUUUACCUGCUUCACUGUGUAAUUCCUCAAGGAGCAGGUAGCUGCCCUGCCUAGUUAAGUAAUUUGGUUACAGUUUUUUAAUGUGAAAAAGAAUAGUCUGGUUGUGUGUACAGCAUUCUAAUGUGAAACAAUCAGGGUUGAUAAUAAAAGAUACAAUCUUAAAAUUUU